UGGCUUUACUUUUCAAUUUCUCAUUUUAUUUAUUUAAGUCGCCGUCUCCUUCUUCUUCAAGCCAAAAAGGUCUUCUCUUUUCACCGGUUCUCUCCACUCUUUGAUCUUUCCUCUGCAAAUCCACUCAAAGGAUGAGUAACCAACCAGCAACAAACGGUGUUACUCCACCCCCAGUUUCAGAUAGCAAGGCUACAGCAGCUGCAGCUGCCUCCGCUGUAGAGACAAAGCCAAAGAAGAAGAUAUGUUGUGCUUGCCCUGACACCAAGAAGCUGAGAGAUGAAUGCAUCGUAGAGCAUGGUGAAUCUGCUUGCGCUAAAUGGAUCGAAGCUCAUAAAAUGUGUCUCCGAGCUGAAGGUUUCAACGUCUGAAUAAAAGGCUUUUUAGUUUUUAUUAAAUACAGUAUUUGAUAGAUCAAAAAAAGUAAUGAGAGUAGUUCAUUGCCCCUUAAAAACAAGAGAUUGAUUCAUCUUGAGUAUUUGUAUUUGGAUACAGAGUCCCCCAUUUUGUUGUGGUUGAAAAUAAAAGUCCAAAGAAACUAAAGAAGCUUUGAUCUUUUUAAGGUUGUUUGAGUUCUUGUUCUGCUUAGUGGAUCAAAACUUUGAUUGCUCUGUAAUUUAUAGAUAGAAAGAGCUUCCACUAUUUUACUAAGAAAUGGGUUCC